AUGGCCCCUCUGGCUCAGACCCUGGCACUGCUGGCAAUGGCCAUGGCUACCACGGCUGUCGAGGUGGUGACCCUGGACAUGGCCCCGUACUCCUUCGAUGACCAGUACCAGGGCUGUGGCCCUGCCAUGAAGGCAGCAUUGCCAGCCCUCAACAACUCCGAGUUUGAGCAGAAUGAGAAGUUUGCCGAGGUUUGGGUAAAGGCUGCAGCCGAGUGGCAGAGACGGGGGCCCCCUGAGUCCCCUCUGUCUCCAGAGCAGGCCACUGCCAUUAUGGCCUUCACAAUGGAUGGCCUGUCCAGCAUGUUCAAUGAUGCUGUGCGUGUGGCCGGGCGUCCUGACAUGGAAUACCGGGACAACUUCCACUUCAAAACGCUGCAUUUCCUGCUGACCGAUGCCCUGGCAACGCUGCGGGAUGCUCAGAAAGGGCAGUGUCUUGAUGUUUUCCAGAGGGUUUGUGGGGUCUGGUUUGAGGCACAGCAUGGUGAUAUCAUCCGGUUGGGUGAAUUCAUGUUGGUGUCCCCGAGCAAACCAACUGGCGAGUGCUCCAAUGACACGGUGCUCGAGCUGCACACGUGCCAUGGCGUGGAAAUCCAGUUUUUCACUGAACAUCCAGAAGAGAAGGUGGUGCUGAUCCCACCCUUUGAGACCUUCAAUGUCACCCAAAUCACCCAGGAAAGAAACAAGACACAGAUCCAACUCCUCUCCACCGGCACCUUAAGCGAAUUCAACUGCGUGUGGUGUGAGUUUCCAAUCCCAGUCUCAGGGAUGAUGCUGCCUGAGCUGGGAGUCUUGGUGAUCUUGCUGAUUGUGGUGGCCACAGCAAUGACAGUGAUCUUGGCAUCUAUGGUGGCCAUGGUGGCCACAGUUACCACAGUCACCACAGUGACCUCGGGGGUCUUGCCAGCCUUGCGGCUCAGAGGAUCCUGGUGGCAACUUCCUGGGAUGUGGGGUGAGGAGGAGAUCUCUGAGGUGGAAGGCGGCUCUGGGGGUGCUCCUGGGGAUGCUCCUGCUAAUAAAAGAGGGUGCUCAGGGGGACCAGGGAAGGAGUAA